ACAGCUCUUAUCAACUCUUGUCUCCAGGUUUCGGCUGCUUCAUGCAGGAACAUAUAGCGGACCCGAUGUCGUACGGCAUAUACGUCGUGGACCGCCGAUAUAUAUCGCUAGAGGGCUCCGUGCAACAACUUGCGCAGUACAUGUUCGAUUUUACAAAACUAACUCGAAGACAACGUAUUAUCCAGAGAAAUAGAACUGAAAGGUUGUCAGAUCUUCUCGACUGGAGGAAUUUGGGCAUUUACUACCGCCAGGCGCGCGCCGAAGCCUUAAAGAUAGUGUACCCGGACUACGUCGACCAUAUGGACCAGGAACUGGGCAAAAGAUUCAACUACCCAAGGCCAAUCUCAGAGCCACCCAGCCCUACUCAUUCUAGAGGUACAACCCCGGCCGCAUCAGUCCACGGCUCUGAUGAUGAAGACGAGGUAGAUGAGGAGCAGGAACUAGCAGAAUUGAGGAUCAGUGAUAAAUAAGUUAUACAAUAUAUUUUAUAUAAUUACUAUAUAUUAUAUCUAUGUUAUAUAAAAAGGAAUUGUGUUUGAUGCGUGAUAACAAACUUAUACGUCGGUAAGAAGGCUGGUAAAUGACACCGUUAUAAUAAUAAUUUCCUAAUUUUCUAUCUACUUUUUAAAUUUCAUUUUGUAACACAAUCUGUCAGAAUUAUACUAUAUGUAAUUCGCUUAAAAGAAUUUUCGACAUUAUAUUAAACAUAAUGUUAAUAAUAAAAUAUAUAUUUAUUUGGGUUGGGUAUUAUCAUAUUUAAAAAUAUGUACAAUUGUUAAGCAAUAAUAUAAAUUAUUAUAUUAACGGAUAUAUUCAAAUGUUGCAGUCAGACUGCCUCGUUGGCCGAGUGGUCGCAAGUGCGACUGCCGGGCAAGGGGUCUCGAGUUCGAUUCAAGGG